AUGGCAGCGCCGCCGAUGUACACCGCGAACCCGACGCAGGUCAUUGCUUUGAAUCUCCCGAUCAACCAGGCCCCAAACGACUCGGUCCCGUAUGAGCUCCAGAAAUACUACUCGAAAGACAUCUGGGCGGCCAGGCAGCGUGCUGUGCUCAUGAAGGGCUCUCGCUACCUGAAGCCCCGCUUCGAGAUCAUCUUCGCCGUUUUCAUGUUCCUCUCGAUGCUCGCCGUCCCGAUCGUCAUUUACUAUGUCGCCCUGCACACUCUUCCCGCGCACCUGACACAGGUCGGAGAGACCUUCAACGGCGAAAGGAUCUUCAACGACGACCGCGUAUGGGAGGCGCGCGCAGCGAGUGUCGGUGCGCUCGUCGGGCUGAUCCUCCUCGGCUGGGUCCCCUUAUUCAUCUGGAAGGCUCGCGGCAAGAGGCAGGUCAACCAGAUGCUUCGGAAGUUCAGCGUGGAGGACGCCGCUGUGGCUGGGCCUAGCGCUCAGGUUCCUCAGUGGUCGAUGAAGAUGCCGGGUAUUGGGAGCAAAGCUAUCCACCUCAUGAUCUCGUACCCCCGCCCGCCCAUGAGCUCACCGUUCCAGCUCGGCCUCCCUCCCUACCUCGUCAACCCGCCCAUGGAUCCCGCCGCCGCCGGUUACUACAUGCAGGCGAGCCACGCCCCCGGCCAGCCCCACCACGCGCCGGGCAACGCGAUGUCGGGCAUCCCGCUGUACAACGAGAACGAAGAGAAGAUCCCCGACUACAGCGGCCCGACGAACGACACGUACCUCCCGCACGAGAAGGAGCGCUUCGAAGACAUCAAGGUCUGA